AUGCGGGAGGCGAAUUUGAAGCCCAGCGUCAUCAGCUACUGCUCUGGGAUCAGCGCGUGUGGGAACGGUAAGCAGUGGCAGAAGGCACUGGCUCUGCUCAGAGAGAUGUUUGAGGCGAAGCUGGUGCCCAACGUCGUCAGUUACACCGCUUGUGUGGGCGCUUGCGAGGAGGGCAAACAGUGGCAGCGGGCUUUGGCGCUGCUCACCGAGAUGUGUGAGGUGAAGGUGGAGCCUUGCGUCAUCUGCUACAGCUCUGGGACCAGAGCGUGCGAGAAUGGCAAGCAGUGGCAGCGGGGCCUGGUGCUGCUUGGCGAGAUGGCGAGAUAUUCGCAGCGGCAGCUACAGCCCUGGUAUGAAUAUAUGUAUAAGCGUGCGUGGGAAGGGUGA